AUAUUAUCAACAGAGAUCCGGAUGGGUGGAUAAAUCAAUAUAAAGGCUCACGCCAAGAGUUUUCACAGACGUGCUCCUGUUGGCAAGGGUCACAUCACAUCUCAUCUCAUCACAUCUCAACAUGAAUUCUCUCCAUGUGGUUGUUUAUCUCCUGGGGCUGGUGGUCCUGUGUGAGUCUUCCUGCUUCUUCCAGCCGCUAGCGCUCACAGAUCCGAACAACCCACCUAAGGGAUGUGUGGAUGAGGAUGGAAAGGAGCACCCCUUUGGUUCACAAUGGGUGAAAAACUGCGUCCAGUGCUACUGUACAGGCAGAGGCAUGGCCUGCUGUACCAUGAUCCCUGAUUUAAGUUCCAUCAGCUUUCCUGAACCCUGUGAGAUGCUUGUGGAUAAGAAGACCUGCUCUUUCAGGCUGGUGUUGAAGUCAGAUAAGACAAAAAAGUGCAUUCCUGCAUGAGCAAUCUAGUUGCUUACAGGUUAACAUCUACAAAUUGAGGACUACAUACUUCCGCACUGUUUGUGGGUUUUUUUUUUCUGUUUCAUGUGUUUCAUGUGCAUGCAUAGAUCUGUUACCAUGGCUAAUGUUUUCACCCAUUAAAGAAGAAAUCAUCGAGGAUAAUCAAAUUUGUUCUUUGUCACACGU